AUGGUGUACGGGAGCAUCGUACAGCAACCAGUGGAAGCAAACGGCCUUCCUGGGACGUUGGGACGUCUCAUUGGUGAAUGCUUCGAUCGGGAUACGCGCACACUUUACUUGGUCGGCCUGGAACAGUUGCACAAUUUUCAGAACUAUCUGGCACUCCCCUACCCGAAGGUGAUCAUCCCUCAAGCCACUCCGAUCGGGAUGCCGGAUGAGGCGGCAUUGGUGCUAAUCUAUUUGCCUGUCAACUCGAAGGAGGAGCUUCGAAGUUCGAUGAGGAUCAUUAUGCAUAGUUGGUCGAAAAUCGUCCGCAACGGCAAGUAUGUGGUGUUGAUGGAAGAUGCUUAUCUGGUGAAACCGCGGGUGGCAGUACCGAUGGAGUUGGGGAUAGUUUUCGCUACGUACAACAUAGUGUACUGGUGCGUAACGGGCUUCCGACGGGCAGAGAACCUACAGUACUGGGUACCGUUUGCGCUGAGUGCUUACUUCAUGGAGAAUCCCGUGCAGUAUGGCAGCGCGUUCGAGUGGACCCGUGGCCGCCUACCGAAUGUGUCGCUAGAAAUCUACGGGCAGGCGACGUUAACCUUUCCCUACACGCACCAUAUAGGGGGAGGUUUACUACGAGGAAUUGAUCUGGAAAUUUUCGUAAAUUUACUCCACCAUUUAAAUCACCGGCUGCGAGUGGAAAUCGUCGAGUAUGCCGGGGAUGUGGAGGAGGAACGAGAUAAAAUGACCAAUCGAUUGCACGAGAUGAAAGUGGACUUGAUGAUAACCCGCAAGGAUGUUGUACCGGAAACGCUCCCGGUUAUCUAUGUGCCGGAAGUGUCAUACUACUGUUUGAUAGCCCCCCGUUCGACCGUACUUGACUUGACGCAGUCUCUUCUACGACCCUUUUCCACCGAGCUGUGGAUGUGUGUUACGGUAGCUGGACUCUUAAUUUCUGGCCUUUUGGCGCUAGCCAAGCAUACCAAGUGUGCAAACGUGGGAACCCUAGUUAGGUGGUCGUUUCAGUGUAAACCAUUGGCAUCGAUCCUCGCCACGACGUACGCAAUCGUCCGCUUCAUCUUGCUCGAGUCCUAUCUCGCCAAGGUGACGUCCUUCUUUCUUGCCUACCGCUUCCAACCGGAUGCGAAUACAUUGGACGAAUUUUUCGCCACCGACAUUCCGAUCUGGUUACCUACCGGGUACAAUCAUUUCGUAGAAAGACUUGGCGAUGACUUGCGGUCACGAAUCCUUGAGAGGGCGCUCGAUGAUGACAAAUGUAUGGAUUUCUCAGCGAGAUGCGCCCAGAUGGACAGUUUCGCUCGUGCCACGUACGUAGUCAACCACGACCUGCCGGCCGAUCCGGUGACGGGCCGCAAGCCGUUCUACAUCGUGCCGGAAAUGCUAGCCAGCUACACCCAUCUGGGGUACGCGUUUGCCCGUGGGUCAGCGCUGGUCGAUCUGUUUGCGGUUUAUCUGCGCCGAAUGCACGAGGCAGGGCUGGUGCAGCUCUACUAUCGGCAGUACGAGCAGUACCUCAUGCGAGACCGUCUCAUGCAAAAGCCGGUGGAUCAAUCGCUCGAGUUUGACCAUCUGCUGUCGGUUUGGAUUUGUGUCAGUCUUAGCUGGGGUGUGUCGUUUGUGGUAUUCUUAGUGGAGCUGCUCCUGAACUGCCAGCUGAUGGAACUGCUUCGGGUGUGGAAGCGGGCUCUUGCAGGAAUAACCGACGUGUGGGAACCGCAUUCGACGAACGUUGUACCGUCUUCCCAUUCGGAGGUCGUUGGAGGUCGGGUUAGCUCGCCUUGUACCCUUUACCAGAAGGGAGACAUAAGAAAUUAUGUAAUUAAUUUCGAUGAGGCACCAUCGGUGUCAACGUGUAUCGUCGGCAGUGCCGAUGCCGGCAUCCUUCAAACUGGCGUGUCGAGUGUGGGUUCCGAUUAUCGGAUUGCCUAA